GCGUAAAUUCAACCGCAGAAGAAGAACUACUCUCGUUGUAGCUGCUGAGCAUAUCGGUUGAGAACAUGUCUUCGAAAAAAAGAUCAGUUUGCUCUGUUCUGUGUUGUAGUAAACAAGGAAAGACGCUCCACAAGCUCCCCACCAACGAGCAAACAAAAGCUCAGUGGAUAUUGUUCAUUUUUGAUGGGAAUGCCCCUGCUACAUUUCCCAAAAUUCUCCAUGUAUGUGGCAACCACUUCACAGAGGAUUGUUACACAAACUUCGCGCAAUACAAAGCAGGGCACAGCACCACACUUCGCCUCAAAGAAGGAGCAGUGCCUACAAUACAUGCUGGAUUACCUGCAGCACAAGAUCGUUUUAUCCACACAGGCACACAAACAGAAGCUCCAAGUGUGAGAACAUGUGCCACUCAAAUGUCAAUUGGGACCUUGAAAACACACGUGCACAGCCAAAGGACCCAGACACCAGUGUUGUCACAUGAGACUGCUGGCACACAAACCACACUGCCUGAGUACAUGUUUUCAUCCACACCUAUAAAGGGGCCAGGGUUUGGACCACAAAAAAGAGCACGUGUUGAGUCAGAGGAGGAAGAGGGAUUCACCUCACCAGAGUCACAAGGCGACCCAAAUGACUCAACCUUUACUCCUGGCGGAUCCCUAACAACACACGAUUCAACAAUGUCGACUGAAAGUGCUGUAUACAUGGAUAAAAAAUACAUUGUAUUUGAGUCCUGCCUGAGGGAGCUUUUUGACACAUGUCCAGUGUGCAAGAGAAAAUGCGAAGUGCAGCAGCAACAGAAGGGCACGUAUGUUGCAUUUCAUCAAACGUGUCCAAAAUGCAACUACUCCAGGAAGUGGCAAAGUCAGCCCAUGAUGAAUAACACCCCAGUUGGCAAUGUACAGUUAUCUGCUGCUACAUAUUUCACUGGUGCAUCCUUCAUCCAGCUGGAAAAGGUAAUACUAUUAAUGUUUUUGUCAAAAUCAUAUGACACUUUCAACCAAUAGACAAUUACUAAACACUGUUUGUAUUAUUGUUAU